AUGCGGCCAGUCGCCCUCUCCGUCCUUGUCACCGCUGCAUUCCACCUCGCCCCGGGCGUCGCGGCGCAGAACCAGACUGCCGGCAAAGAUGACUUCAUCGACGGCCUGCUCGCCCAAAUGACCGUUCCAGACCUUGUGCUUCAAUUACAUCUCAUGUUCGGAGACAACGUCGUCGGACCCAAAUCAGAAAAUGAGCUCUACGACUUUGCCAUGCGGUUUUCCCCCGAUUCGUCUAUCGGGAACAUGCAUGAUUGGUAUCCUCUGAAUACAUCGCGCUACAAUGAAGUACAGAGACUCAAUGCAGACAAGUCUCGACUCAAAAUCCCCUUUCUGCACUUCGGCGAAUGCCUGCACGGUGUUGGCUCGUAUAAGCAAUCCAUGUUCCCGCAGUCGUUGGGCAUGGCCGCCAGCUUUGACACCGACCUUGUCUACCGUGUAGGACGCGCCAUCGGCACCGAGGCCAGGUCCAUUGGCAUUCAUGCUUGCCUUUCUCCUGUCCUCGACCUGGGAAAGGAUCCUCGGUUUGGAAGAGCCCAAGAGGCUUGGGGUGAAGACAAAGUGCUGACGUCCCACAUGGGAGUUGCAUAUGCCUCGGGCUUGUCCAAGAAUGGAUCCUGGUCAGAUCCUGAUGCCGUUGCUCCCGUGAUGAAACAUUUUGCAGCUUAUGGAGCACCGCAAGGUGGGCUCAAUGCUGCGCCAUGGAUGGGCCACGGCAACCGAGAGAUCAGGGAGGAACUGCUCAUGCCGUUCAAAGCUGCCGUCGAACUCGGCGGUGUCCGUGGUGUCAUGAUGUCUUACAAUGAGCUCGACGAUGUGCCCGCGCACGUGCACCCCAUGCUCUAUGGAGCAUUGGAAGAGUGGGGCUACGACGGUUUCGUAAUGGCAGAUGACACAGGAAUGAUAAUGCUACAAGGACGUCAUAAGGUUGCCAGCUCCGCUGCCGAUGCCAUUCAGCAGUGGUUUAAUGCCGGCGGCAUGAUUCAGUUCUACGACUACUCGCUGGAGACGUAUCUCAAUACUACUAUUGACCUUGUCCAAAACGGGACGGUGCCUCUAUCAACGCUCCAAGCUCACGUCCGCAAGAUACUCGGCGUGAAGUACGACCUUGGACUCUUCUCCGACGCGUACAUUUCCUCUGAUAUUGACCCACAAGCAAUAGUAGAUUCGCACGUACCUUUGACGGUCGAAGCUGCGCAGAAGAGCCUUGUUCUACUCGAGAACCGCAAUUCCACGCUCCCGCUCAGGCCAGCUGAGCAAAAUAUCAAGAAGAUGGCACUCAUUGGGCCUUUCGGUGACAUGCUCAACUACGGUGAUUACUCCGGGACUUACGGUUCGUCUCCAGUUGCCAACUCGUCGACAAUUCAGCAAGCUAUGCAAGACUAUCUUGCAUCCCUCAACAACACAUCACGAGUGGAACUGGUCACCAGCUGGGGCGCCAACACCUGGUUAUACAAUGCGCAGUAUCCAAUCCCCGGCUAUCAUUUGUCUCCUCUGCCGUCCAACGAGACAGACCAAGCAAGUGAAGGUCUUCUUGCAACAUACUUUGCGGGUGUGGACUUCACGUCCCCGCUCGCGCAGCGCGUGGAGGUUCCGGUCAUGGACUGGGGCCUCUACCCACCCCCUAGCCUACAAUCAAACAACUUCAGCGCAACCUGGGAGGGCUACCUCACAGUGCCACGCUCGCUCGCAGCCGCAGUCGACGGCUGGCUCGGAGUAGCCGUUUCGCCCAACACAACGGCCACACUGUACGUCGAUGGCGUGCUGGUAUCCCAGUCGCCACUCACCACCGCGGGCAAUUUUCUCUCCAACAUCCCGCCGCGUACGUACUCCCAGGCCAACAGCACCGCGCCCCCGCCCGGAUCCGCGCCCUUCGACUUCGUUCCCGGCGCCAAGCACCGGGUGCGCAUCGAGUACAUCGCCUACAACCUGUACCAGAAAAUCGAGAACCUAUCCUCGGUCAACGCGCAGAUCAUGCUCUUCUGGAACCUCGUCAACAGCGGCGCCAAUGCCACGACUGACACCACCUCUGACACUACUUCCGAUGCCGCGGCCAUCUCCCACGCCCUCGCCGCCGCCAGCGCCGCCGACACCAUCCUUCUCGCCCUGGGCGCGAACUGGAACUCGGACGGCGAGGGCGGCGACCGCGCAUCGCUGGCGCUGGCGCCCAAUCAGACACGUCUUGCCUCGGCCGUCCUGGAGCACGCCGCCUCCUCGGUGCCGCGCAAGCCCGUCGUCCUGAUCCUCCAAGGGGGGCGCCCAUUCGCCAUACCCUCGAUAUACGCCCGCUCCGACGCGGUGCUGGCCGCUUUUUUCCCUGGGCAGGGCGGCGGGCAGGCCAUCGUCGAGACGCUGUUCGCCGUGGGUAGCGGGGCAAGCGGUCCCGGGGGGCGCGUGCCGCUGAGCGUGCCACGAGACGUCGGGGUGCUCCCGGCCUACUACAACUACAAGCAGACGGCGCACGCCGUGACGUACCUCGACGCCGAGCAGUACCCGGCCGUCUACCCAUUUGGUUGGGGCUUGGGUUACUCGACUUUCAGCGUCUCCUCGUUUGCCGUCGACGGCGACACUUUUUCCGACGGCGGGACCUUGACUUUUAGGGCUGAUGUGACGAAUAACGGGACGUCGAUGGGGAGCUAUGUGGCGCAGGUAUACUUGCUUAGGCGCGUGUCGAGCAUCACGCAGCCGGAGCGCCAGCUCGUGGCAUUUGCACGGGCGGAUGGCGUGGCGGUUGGAGAGAGUAGGGAGAUUGUGCUGGCAGUGGAUGUGGAUCGGUACCUAAGGAUUCUGAAUCGGAAGUACAACUGGGAGUUGGAGAGAGGAGACUACACUUUUGCGCUGAUGGCGCACGGAGGCCCAACGGCAAGUACCGAGCGAAUGUUGCGCAAUGUCAAUUUUGCCCAAUUCCACCCACAUUCCGCUGCGGUUACCGCCAUCAACGACAUGUACAGCACCAACCACUGGGACUAG